ACAACGUUCUCUGCUAAAGUGCUGAAGGAGGAAUUGAUGCUUUCCCACCGGCUGACUGACACGUUUCGUUCUCUUCGUCCAUGUGUCAUCGCUCGCUCUUCAUUUUCCUCACAUUUUGACACCUUUCACGCCGCGCCGGCUCUGACUUGGAGACCUGUGAAUGGGAAAGGUCCUCCUCGGGGUUCCUUGACGAUACCUUAUCAUAUUUGAGCGAGUGGCCAGCUGUUCAAAGAUGCACGCGCUACAGUGAAACCUUUGCUGCGUGAACCGAGCGUCAUGAAGCUUCGCAGCUGGAGACUCAAGUUUAUUCUGACAGCACUCCAGGCUUUUUCUGUCUCCGUAUCUCUGUGUUACACACCUGCCGGAGGAACAACUCUUCAACACAGACCAACAGCAAAACAGAAGCACUAUGGUACUACAGUACCUCUGCAGCUGGUUGGACAAGACUGGAAACCAUUCAGCCAGCAGAAGUCCCAGAGUCAUCCCGUGUCGCUGAAGUUCCUGAUCGAAGUGGAAGGUGAGGAGCUGCUGUUGGCUGUGGAGAAAAACGAGGGGCUGUUUGCAAGUAACUACACAGAAACCCAUUACGUGGAAGACGGCAGGGCAGUAACGGGCUUUCCCAACUUCACGGUUAAUUGCUACUACCACGGUGAAGUGGAGAGUCAUGCCAACUCUGAUGUCAGCCUCAGCACCUGUGCUGGGAUUAAGGGCUUUAUAUCUCUUGAAGGCAGAUCUUACAUGCUGGAACCAUCUACUGAUCACAGUGAUGGGACUCACUGGAUCUACACAGUUGACCACCUCAGUUUUGUUCCAGGCACGUGUGGCCAUAAUAUCAACUUUUCUUAUGCCACUGAACGCAGCACAAACGAAGCGGACACCAGUGCAUUCAGGACAUUCAGUGCAAGGCAUAAACGCCAUGCCCAGUCUACAACAAAGUAUGUGGAGCUGAUCAUCAUUGCUGACAACAGAGAGUUUCAGAAGCAAGGCAAGGACAUAGAGAAGGUCAAGCAGCGGCUGGCUGAGAUCGCCAACUACGUGGACAAGUUCUACAGGGCUCUGAAUAUCCGUGUAGCCCUGGUGGGACUGGAGGUGUGGAGUGAUGUUGACAAGUGCCCCGUCACCCAGGACCCUUUCACCACGCUGCACGAGUUCUUAGACUGGAGGAAAGUCAAGCUGCUGCCUCAGAAGCCUCACGAUAACGCCCAGCUUAUCAGCGGGGUGUACUUUCAGGGCACCACAAUUGGUAUGGCACCCAUCAUGAGUAUGUGCACUGCAGACCAAUCUGGAGGGAUCGUCAUGGACCAUUCAGACAACCCCCUCGGUGCUGCAGUUACUCUGGCUCACGAGCUUGGACACAACUUUGGGAUGAACCAUGAUACUCCAGAAAGGGGGUGUGGCUGCCGGGUGACAGCGGAUCGCGGAGGCUGCAUCAUGACUCCCUCGACUGGGUAUCCGUUUCCCACCGUGUUCAGCAGCUGCAGCAAGAAGGACCUCACUGCCAGUUUUGAAAAAGGCGUGGGAAUGUGUCUGUUCAACAUGCCCGAGGUCAAGGUGCUUUAUGGUGGGCAGAAAUGUGGCAACGGCUAUGUGGAGGAGGGAGAGGAGUGUGACUGCGGCGAACCGGAGGAAUGUAUGAACCCCUGUUGCAAUGCCACUACCUGCGCUCUGAAAGGUGAUGCUAUCUGUGCUCACGGGCAGUGCUGCCACGACUGUCAGUUGAAGCCGGCGGGGACUCCGUGCCGAGAAUCAAGUAACUCUUGUGACCUACCAGAGUUCUGCACUGGUACUAGUCCCCACUGCCCCGCUAACGUCUACCUGCAUGACGGCCACACAUGCCACAACGUGGACGGGUACUGCUAUAAUGGCAUUUGCCAAACUCAUGAGCAGCAGUGUAUCACACUUUGGGGUCAAGGAGCCAAGCCAGCUCCAGGUAUCUGCUUUGAAAGGGUCAAUUCAGCUGGGGACCCUUACGGCAACUGUGGUAAGGACUCCAAGGGCUCGUUUGCCAAGUGUGAAGCACAAGAUGCAAAGUGUGGCAAAAUCCAGUGUCAAGGAGGAGCUAACCGCCCCGUAAUUGGCACAAAUGCUGUUUCCAUAGAAACAAACAUCCCCCUGCAGGAAGGAGGGCGGAUACUGUGCCGGGGUACACACGUCUACUUAGGUGACGACAUGCCUGACCCCGGUCUGGUCCUGACGGGAACCAAGUGUGGAGAGGGACUGAUGUGCCUGAACCGUCAGUGCCAGAACGUCAGUGUUUUUGGUGUGCACGAGUGUUCAGCGAGGUGCAGCACUCAUGGGGUGUGCAACAACAACAAGAACUGUCACUGCGAGGCUCACUGGGCGCCGCCGUUCUGUGACAAGACUGGAUUUGGCGGGAGUGUGGACAGCGGCCCCAUCAGAUCUGCAGACAGUGUGAACAUGACGGUGGGCAUCCUGGUGGCUUUCCUCACUUUUCUGGUAGCUGGUCUGAUUAUCUGCAUGAAAAGAAAGACUCUGCUGGCUUUGCUCUUCGCCAGCAAAAAGAACCCAAUGGAGAAGCUCAGGUCAGUCGGUGGUGCCAUAAAUGGACCAUCCUCGUCCAGCCAGGCUCAAAGAGUGAGCACAGUGUCUCCGUCUCGGCCGGCCCCUGCACAGCCGCACAGCUCCACCGUAGUGAAGCCUCCCCACCAGAGGUCAGAAGUCACUCUCCCACAGGCUCCUUACCCGUCUCACAGCCUGCGCAGACUCCCCCAGUGCCCGCCAGUUCACCUCAGCCACCCUGCCCCUCUGCCGCUCUCUCUCUCGCUCUCUCUGGUUCCUGGGCAGCCCAGACCCCCUGUUCCUCCACCACAUCGAGCCCCUCUGCCUCACCUCCACGUUGCACCCAGGGGGGCGCCGCUUCGUAGUAUGUCGCACCAUAACUCCUGCAGGAUGGUCAUGGAGUUAGAGAAGCCCAGUCCUCCCCAGAAGCCCCUCCCUGCUGAUCCCCGGAGUUCCCGUGUUCUUCGGAGUCCACCUGUAGUCCGAGGGGCUUCCGCUGUUUGUGGCCCUGCACCAACAUCUGCUCCACCCAGACCUGCACGUCCUGUCCCGCACCCUGACCGACCCAGUUCCAAGCAGCCUGUGACUCCACCAAAGCCUUCUGUAAUUACAAACAUCAAAUACAGCAGCUGAGACUUCGGCCAGAAGGGACAAUGUUAAGUCACAAAUAUUUUGCACUAUGAAAACUGAGAACCUUAAAAGUGGGUUGUUGUGACUGAGUUUUAAAGAUGGGAGAUGUGCCGCGUCCCUCUGGUGCUUUGUCUCUGAUCGGUGCUACGAGUCUGAGCUCAGGUACGUGUAAAGUAUUUAUAUUCCAUAUUUAUUGCCAUGCUGUGCACUGCGCCAGACACUUUUACAAUACCAUAAAAAAAACACUUUUUUUUUUAAUCAGAUCUUUUUUAAGAAGGUAAAUCAAAAGCCAAUCUUGAAAGUCUGUGAAAUUUUAAAAGUGCAAAAAAUGUGUUUUUGUGAUAUUAGCUGUUUUAAUGAAGGGAACGUUUUAUAAUACAUCAGGACGGCCAUGAAGAAAAUUCAGAAAAUAUUUCCAACAGGUUGUCAUGAAGGCCUUGAUUUUUGUCUUUUCCAGCUUUGCCUUGGUAUUAAAGGAGAACUCUGAGACUUUUCAACCUCGACUCCAUUUUCAGAUGCUUUGGGGGUGGGGGGGUCAUUGUUUCACUUGGGGCAAAAAUUAUUUUAAUCUGUAUGUUAUUGAUGUGGAAGGCAAACACCUCUGUGGGCUAAACGGCUAAUUACUGUUAUUGAAAGGGGCAAUCGGAAACAGAGUAAACGUCACCACCACUGAACUGGCAGAAAACACCAUUAGAAGUGUACAGCUCGUUCUGUAAGACCAGCCUCUCCACUGCAGCACUUACAAUCACUCAGUGGACACUUGACUACUAUGACGCUAAAGGCACUUUGACACUUGCACAAAUUUUAUCCCUGCUCCGACACGCUAUCUUGCCAAUGAAUAAACUUGUCAUAAACGGUGUGCUAGUGUGCAAAGAAAAUUUUGAAAUGUUCAAAACGUCUGGCAUGCUUUAAUUUCGUGAACAUUUCGCAACCUAUUCGAAAACACUGCGUGCCACUGGAUGUCGAUGCGUCAUUGCGCGCAGCGCAUCUGAACGAUUAUGACGAGAUGUUACAUCCAUAAUAAACAUAAUUUUACAGAGACAUCUAACUCAUAAGAACGAAUGAAAAUGCAACUGUUUUACCAAUCCAUUACAAUAUGUAUAAUUACCUUUGAGACAAAAUUCCAAAUGUGUUGUGCACCACACUACGAGGCACACACACACGAGGCAACCUGCAGCUACAGAUAAUUUCUGAGAUUCUGGGAGCAAUGCGAUGGUUUUAUUGGCUAAUUUCUGAGAGGGAAUGCGUCAUCGGCUACGAAAGGAUUAAUUCAUACAGCGUGGCAUCAAGCGGGACACAUUGGUGCAAUGAAUUGCACAGCAGUUCUGGGAUCAAAUUUGUGCGUCAAGAUGCCUUUGAAUGAUGGUAGUCUGUGGUGGUGUUUGUGUUCUCAGUCAAUACUGGGCCAAUUAAAUAAGUUGUCCUGAGUGUAAAGAUGAGCCCCAAACCUCU